GCCAAGAGCUGCUUUUUCCCGCUGCUUUCUGCCCGUGCGGAGCUGUUGGCCGAGAACCUUUCAACCCCUGCAAUGACGUCGAGCUCCGCCUAAAUUUCCAAUUGAUCCCCAAAUCCAAGUCUCCCCGAGCAAAAAAGAAGCUGCGUGCCAUUUGUCGCAACGCCUCUUAGUCCAACCAACCUACAGCGCAUGUCAAGCCCCAGGGCAGAAUCGACGCAGCAAUAGCCACAAUGGCGACUCCAUCAACACCCCUCCGCCUUUCCCUAUCCACCCUCCGCGUCCUCCGCCAGACCACAGCAGCUCGACCGUUCACGCAAGCAGCAGUCCGCGGAAGCCUACGCUCUUCAUCGCCCCAAACACCCACCUCCCAACCACCCUCACUCCUCUCCCACCCACGAAUCAACCAAAGCAGCAACACCAGCAGCAGCCAUGCCCACCGCCUGAUGCACACGACCCCGCCCUCCCCCCGCGCGCGGCGCACGCCGCUGGCGCACAACCGCGAGCCGGUGCCCGACCGCGCCCCGCCGACCGACUUCGAGCAGAUGGACGUGCUGGCGUCGGCGCCCGUGCCCACCACCGCCGUCGAGGUCUCCCACGCCGACGGCUUCUCGCUCAACUCGGGCGUGCACAUCCGCGGGGGUGCGGGUGCGCUGCUGGUGGCGGGCGAGGCGUUUGCCUGGCGGCCUUGGUUGGGGGGUGAUGGGGGUGGUGCUGGAGGGGGGAGGUUGCUGAAUGAGAAGGGCCAGUGGGAGGUGGGUGAGGAGGCGUUUGCGGUUUUGGCGGCGGUUUGGCCGAGGCCGGAUCUCCUGAUUUUGGGGUUAGGGCCGGAGAUACGGCCGUUGAGCCCUACUACGAGGCGGGCGAUCAGCAACCUCGGGAUGAGGGUUGAGGUGCUGGAUACGAGGAACGCGGCGUCGCAGUAUAACAUGCUGGCUACGGAACGGGGGGUGGAGGAUGUUGCGGCGGCGUUGAUACCAAUCGGCUGGAAGGAGGGUGCACAAUAAGAUCUUUUCUUCAUCGCGCGACAAACUGGGCCCGAGGACUUCCGUUACGGUGAAGAGAACAUAACGGCUGUAUGAUAGGGGCUGGUUAGGCGUUGGUAGGCAAAGCGAGUGAUUGUACAGAUGGGUUCUCGAUGGUGGAUGUGUAUAAAUGCAUACUAUGGCGAGCUUGUGCAUUGGACUCAAGAAAUGUCUACCUAGGGGAAGUUCGUGCCCGUAUCGGACGAGUUCCGAGACCUCGUGUCGUGAAGAGACGGCUAGGUUGGACGGAAGGAUGCAGCGCUCAUCGCCAUUGGGGACCGAAGGCUGCUAUCAUCAACCCCUUCUGUUCCGAGCUGCGGUUUCGCGAAGACAACUACAAGCCAACAAUGCUUCAGG